AUGGUGACCCGCCGUGCCAGUGACGCCGCGCCCCCUCCCACCACCAUCGCCCCCAUCGUCAAGCGCAAGCGACGUGCGUCCUGCCUGGGCGAGCAGGAGAGGCGGGAACGCAAAAGAGCUAUUGACCGAGAGGCCCAACGGUCGCUGAGAGAGAAGACCAAGACGCACAUCGCCGAGCUCGAGAGGACGAUCCAGAUCCUAAGAGAUCAGGACCGGAACGGAGCAACGGCGAGUUUGCUGUCUGAAAUCGACGCACUGAGGACGGAGAAUGAGAGAUUGAGGGAUGUUAUUGAUAGUGUCAAGAGUGUUGUCGGGUGUGAGAUCUUUGGGAGGAGUCAUGCCAGUGCCUCUGGCUCUCCCACUGACAGUAGCAGUAAUGCCGCCAUUGCGAGUGCAGCAAGAUUGGAUGGCACUUCUCCGGCCGCGAGUGGCAAAGUCGUGAACGAUCCCAUGCCGGUCCACUUCGACUCCAUGACCUUCGCUCAUCACAUCCCCACAACAUCCGCCGCCGUCGAUUUAGACGGCAUGACCAUCAGCAGUCUGCCUCCCCAUCCAUCUCAUGAACUAGGUCUCCCCAUGGAUCUCGACCCCGUCUUUGAGAUGCCCGAAGAACGCCACGGCCCUGUUCUCGAACCGAGCGAACACUCCAUCAACCCUGGGAACAAUCACAACAACAAUGACGACAACGACGACGAAACAUGCCCCGACUCCCCCACCACCGCAGCCUUCGCCCCUUUCAUCCACGAAAUUUUCGGCCCGUCGUGGCGCUGUCCUUCUCCCGUUGUCCUACACUUCGACAAUGCGGAUCGCCCGUCGACUGCAUCGCCGUCCUCUUCCUCUUCCUCCUCCUCGCCCUCCACUGCAAACAACACCGCCACGACUCUCGCUUCCAUCUGGAGGAAGAUGGGGAACAACGACCUCUCUGGAAAAACGUUCUCCUAUCUACCAGACUCGCGACCUCAGGACCUCAUGAAAAGGGAUAGAGCGGUCCCCGGUCCGGUUCCCAUUUUGUCGACGCCUAAGGGUGGAGAGGUGGGGUGUGGUGUGCAAAAGUUACACGCGAUCAAAGCGCAGCCAAUCCCCGCCUCCAAACACAUCGCUCUAGGAAUAGACUUCUCACCUUGGCACAUAUUAGCUCUAACCUCGUCGCCUACCUCUACCUCUUCACAAUCCGAGCGCCUAUUCUCGCCUCAUUACACUACCCUAUCGGCGCUUCGUGUAGCUCCGCUCACGAUGAAUCGAAGACGCUUGCUUGCUUCCUUUGAUGAGGAGGGAUGGGGCGUAUACGGCAAGUCCGUUGUUUAAGUGAUUAAUAGAGCGGCUGAA